AUGUCAUCUGAAGAACCAUCGACGUCUUCUAAGCCUUCCACUACGCCUCCUAGUUCCCGCUCCCCAAAAGGCACAUGCGCUGUCUGUGGUGACGUGGCGAAUGGCAGAAGGUACGGUGCCAUGUCCUGUCUUGGGUGCAUUGUGUUUUUCCGAAGGACAUGCUUAAGAAAUAUGAAGUAUAGAUGUCAGAGACAAGGCUGCUGUGAGAUCACGACAGAGACCCGAUGUGUGUGCCGUAGUUGUCGAAUGAAGAAGUGUCUAGACGUCGGGAUGAAUCCAGAAUCUAUUCAAAUUCGGGACGUCAUUGGUCCCAGGAGGCCCCGCCCACAAUCCAGAUCACCACAGCUACCGUCCCCAUCCUCCUCACUUCCACCAAGUGUUCCUGAAGCCCUGAAUAUCGGAGUGUUCUUGGAGCUCCAAAAAAAUCAAAGAGAGCAACAUUGCACGGAGGAGGAGAAGAAGUUCACGGAGGGGUGUGUUUAUAUGAAGAACGACUACCACCACCGUGCCACCUCCUCUGACAUCAACCACUCCCUGAAACUGGCCAUCGAAGACUCCACUGACUUCGCCGCCCAUUUCCAAUUCUUCCAAAAUCUCACGGAGCCCCAACGGAGAGCAUUUCUAGCCGAGUACUCCAUAGCAUUCAUGUUGAUAGAUCAGGCUGUGAAGACUAUAAACGAGGCGGAUGAUGGGUUCUGGCUGAUGCAGAAUGGAAGUUUUCUAGGGUUACAUCCAGAUUUCAAGUUCGAUGAGGAUAUGGCGGAUGAGGAGAGCGAGAGAUGCCACUUUGAGUUUGUCACUCAACUUCUUAGCACCCUGGCUGCGCCGUUUCGAAGAUUGAAGCUUUCCGACUUUGAAUCUACAGUAAUCAAAUUGCUUUUGCUUAUACCAGUAACCCAACCGGUUCUGCGCAACCAAGUGACCCAAAACUUUAUGGAGCACUUAUCAAUGGAUGCUGAGAGAUUUGGAGAGAUAAUAUUAUUGAUUAGUUCGAUUCGUUGUGCUGUAAAAGCGUUUUAUAACAUGACGAAAGUUAGUGAUUUGUUUAGUAGUGAGAAUUUUGAGCAGGUUGUUAGAGAUGUUCUUGUUGAAUAA